UUUGAAUCCUUAAAAGCUUUGCACGACUCUGGCUGUUAGACUCCCGCUCAAGCAUAGUCGUGCACUUCAGCACCUGUGGCUGCUCUCUCUACUUGUAGCCCGCCCUACGUCACGUAACAUUGCCUCUCUUUGCAACAAAAUAUUGCCGGAAUAACAUUGCAGCACCGUCAUUUGUCCCGCCGGACACAGCCUAACAUGAAUUGUGAAGUGAUCGAUUUUUUGUGUGCUUUUCGUCGGUUGAUUGAUUUCGAAUAGGCGUUUGGGUGUACUGACUAGCUGCCGGACUUGAUAUCUAUUAGGAUUGGAGGAUCGGACGUUGAAAGGUUUCAGAAUGUCGCUGUAUGUAUCGAAAAUGCUGGUUUAAAGUCAUGCAUUUCAUCACUAGAAAUGUAGGACGUAUGGAAGAUCACCUGACAGCACGGCGGAUUCCGCAAUAUUGUGCUGGCUAUUAAUUUUACCGGUAUCGCUUUGAGAAUUAACGCAGACGCUAUCUGCUGGUAGUUACGCACACAAGUGUCGUGAAUAUUUUUUCCGUGGCUAGAUCUGAACUUGAAACAAGUCGUAAAGAUGCAGAGAGGCUUUAGUGCUCAGGGCUGCCGUUUAGUGGUCGAAUCACAGCAGUAAACAAUUGGAGAUCGUUUUCCAGGGGAUUAUUUGAAGUUUGGCGUCGUCAAGCAGAUUCUUCCCAGUCAGAAGGAAACGGAAUGGACCUUCGGACGUUCUUACAUAAGUGAGCGUUUAGAAAUAGCUUGACAACGCUCAUCUGGAUCGUUCUGGGAGUCGUUCUCAGUAUCUUGUUGAGAGCUCCGAGUGUUAGAACAGUGAAAUGUGUGGCAAAAUGGUCUUCAUUAUUUUUCUGUUGAUGCCGCUUCUUCUUUAUACAUCGAACGUUUCCUGUGGAAGCCACCACCACCACCACCACCACCAUCCUUCGUAUGCAAUUUCAUCUUUGGCUUCGAACGAUACUACGAAGCACAUCCAUUUUACGGUUGGUUAUAUCAACGUUCGACGCCUGAACACUACCAAGCGCUUGAUAGCUGUGAACGGGAAAUUUCCAGGUCCUCCUGUCUAUGCUUAUGAAGGCGACCGAUUGAUAAUCAAAGUCACUAAUAACAUAACUGAAGAUGUUGCAAUCCAUUGGCAUGGGGUUCGACAAUUUCUAUCAUGCUGGGCAGAUGGAACUGCCUACAUCACGCAAUGCCCAAUAAGGUCAGGAAAGUCAUAUAAUCAUGACUUCACAAUUACUGGCCAAGUAGGCACUCUCCUCUGGCACGCUCAUAUCAGCUGGUUGCGCUCAACUCUGCAUGGAGCCAUCGUGAUUUUGCCUAAGCCAGGUGUACGACAUCCAUUUGAUCCUCAGCCUGAUUAUGCCGUUCCAAUAAUAUUUGGUGAAUGGUGGAAUGGAGACACUCAGCUCGUGGAGGAAAACGCUAUGAGAAAAGGGUCUGCUCCUAAUGUCUCUGAUGCUGCAACUAUUAAUGGCUACCCCGGACCUCUUUACAAGCAUUCAAGGCCACAUGAUAUCUUCACGCUGAACGUCGUCCCCGGAAAAACUUACCAACUUAAUCUCGUGAAUUCAGCUUUGGAGGUUUCCUAUUACUUUGCUGUAGCAAAUCACUCAUUGACAGUUGUGGCAUUGGACGCCUCUUAUGUGCGACCAUACACGACAGACUUCAUUUAUCUGUCACCGGGACAAACAGCUGACGUUCUUCUGUCGACAAAUAUGACCAGAGGAAGGUAUUAUAUGGCAGCAACAGUAUUCUCAGUCGUGCCCCUGAAGGAUCUGGGUAUUCCAAUGAACACAACCACCGCACUACUGAAGUACCCUGAUUAUCGAUCCUCUGUUGCCCCAAUACUUCCAGAACUACCAGAUCAUAACGAUACGGGUCCCCGGCAGAAUUUCAUAGACAAUCUGAGAAGUAUUAAUAUCACCCGGGAGCAGAAUCCUGUGCCGCUUGCUGUUGACCGGCAUUUGAUGUUUACGGUUGGUUAUGCACUUGAGCCAAACAACACUUGCUCACCGUAUGCUCUUUGCCAAGGAGUCAACCACAGCAGAUUCUCAGCGGCGGUGAACAACAUUUCAUUUGACAAUCCAUGGAACACCUCGCUGCUGCAGGCAUUUUUCUUGAAUCAGCCCGUCAGAAGUUUGUUCAUUGGUUUUCCUAAUAAGCCAAUUAAUGUUUACAACUACACAGGAACUGUACCUGCAAACACCACUCCAAGACACUCUACUAAAGUGGUAACCCUCAACUUCGGUGACAAUGUGCAACUUGUUCUUCAAGACACCCUUCUUUUAGAAUACGAUGUCCAUCCAUUUCAUCUCCAUGGGCACAAUUUUUAUAUUGUCGGAGAGGGCUAUGGAAAUUACGACUCAGUGUUGGACCCUUUGACCUUUAAUCUCAUUGAUCCUCCUCAGCGUAACACAGCAGGCGUUCCAGCUGGUGGUUGGAUUGCAAUCCGGUGGACAGCUAACAACCCAGGCGUGUGGCUCUUGCAUUGCCACCUGGAAAUGCAUCUUUCUUGGGGAAUGGAAAUGGCGUUCGUAGUGAGGAAUGGAGACGGGGUUAAUGAAACAUUGCCUGGUCCUCCUUCUGAUUAUCCUCAUUGCAUAAAACACAACUCAACUCCGCAUUAAUCGUUAAGGAUGUUCUCCUGGACUUGCAUGGAGCUGAGUUCCUUACGACCAAUUCAUGAAAUUAAUAACAUCAGGCUCCGUGAUCUUGUAGCGCGGUAUUGUGGUAGUUUUUCUCAUUACAUAAUUAGCCAUGACAUCUAUACCUUAGAAUGUUUCAUACGCUUCUGCGGUCCUUUGCAGCUUACACUUUGUCAAGCAAGAGCUGAUGGUAGAGUAUAGACUGUCAGGCAAUCUUAACAGUCGACCAGGUUGGAGAAAGAGGUGUCUUUCAGUCCCAAUCCCCUAGCUUCUAUUCGUGUUGUUUGUCGAUUUUCUCGAAUUUCUUCAGCUUGGUGCCUAAUAUUUUCACGGUGCAUAAUAGAUAGAUUCAACACCUAUUUGAUCUUGUGGAAUAAUACGUAUACAUUCUGGUACUUGCCCGCCAGAGUUGAUCUCGUCUCAUCGUGGCUAUUCACUUCUUCUCUGAGUUCACAGGUUUCGAUCUUCGAUCGAUGUCAGAACGAUAACAAAUUCCGGCAUCUCGUUUAAACUCUCAGAAGGUAGCAAAUGAUUAGAAGCUCUAGCUUUUUCAUUCCCUUUCAGAGACAGCACGGUGUGUACUCCAAUUGAAGCAGUAGUGAAGUGAUAUGACAAUCUAAUCAGACAUCUAUCCUUUUUUCUUCUUUUUAUCAUGGAAUAGUUUGGGCGUUCACUUUCAGUCCAUGUCCAGUGGCAUAAAUAAAGCUGCGCAUUAACCUCA